AUGACCACAGGCCUAGGGAGAUACCCUAGCUUGUUUACUUUCUAUUAUACUAAUAGUAGUGUGGUUUAGAUCUUUAAUAUACCUAUACCGCUAAGACAAGAGAGCUUAGCCAUGCCUAUAACUUUCAAGGUGAACCAGGUGGAGCCCAACAAAACAAAACUACAGCCAGCUGACACUGCAGCCAUCAUCAAACAUCGAUGUGGUGGUGUGGUACCUGAAGCUCAUUCCAAGAUAGCCCGCAAAGCUGUCAAAGAGAUGCCAAAAUACAACAGGCCCAUUGGAAUCGAUAAUGGACUUGUAUCAGCCAUUCAUGCUUGCUGGAGCCAACACUAUGCUUUGGUACUUUCUCCCGACAUGAUUUGGUUGUGUAUUGCUCAGGGUCUAGCACAGCAUAUCAAUCAGAAUGCUGAAAAACUUCGGAGCAAAUUAGUUGAGCACGAAGGAAAAAAAGACCUUAAAGUUAUCCGAAAUGAUUUCAUCAAAGGAUCUGAUUCCAAUCCAUGGCCUGAAGCAUUUGAGGAAUUCUCUGAACAAAUUCGAAAGCACGUUGGAGACAAGAUACACGACCUUCUCACACCAUCUUUCUCAACUACUGGUCCAGUGGAAAAGGCAGCAGCACAGGUGGUAAUGAUGGAUUGCUUCAAACAAUAUUUCAGCUACGGUAUGGUUUGCGUUUGUGGAAUCCCUGAAAUCACUCUUGAAGGAACUGCAGAUGAUUGGAAGAAAAUUCGGGAGAAGGUUUUGUUUCUGAAGGAGUACGAUUUAGAAUGGUGGGUCGAAGCUUUGAUUCCGAUACUUGAGCAAUUCAUAGCAGCUGCUUCUGGAAGUGUGGACCGAGAAUUCUGGUGUAAAAUUUAUCACCAGUACGGAGGAGGUGUUUACAAACCUGGCCCUUUUGUGACUGGUUGGAUUUUGACGUUCUUCCCCUACUUGAAUGGCAACAAAAGAAACGAAUUUUUGACACUCUGGCAAGAGGAGGAUCCCACUCAAACAGGCCAAGUGCCAGCUGUACCUUCACCUCCAAGGGGUGUAAAUGCUGACAGAUUCAAGGGUCUAGCACACUACCAGUUUCCACCUGGAAUUGCUUCAGCACCGUUCACUUGGCAAAAUGGAAUUGACCCUUCUAGUGAGGUCUUCCCCAUGCAUUUCUACGCUGGCUUCAUGACGAUCAGUCAAGACUCCACCACAAUGGCUGUACGACCUGAAAUAGGAUGGGCUGUGGCGGAUGACCAGAACUAUGAAGAUGCCAAGACAAGGUCAGGGCGAAGAAGGUGGUAGGAAUUAAAUAACUGUGUGUAUACAAGACUCACCAUAGUAGUGCUCUAGCAUUAAUUGUAUGUAACUGCUUAAUUAAUGUGCUGCAUGUGUUCUCAUAACUUGUGUUUAUUUUAUACCAUUCAUUCGCUCAUGCAUUGCAUGUGUCAUUGUGUACACUACACUACACCCUUGUUAUAUGCCAUCUCUUUAAGUCCGAAA